GAUCUCUCUGCUCCCCUUUCUCUCGGCGGUGGGUCGGAGCCGCUGUCCCUGGCCUCGCAUGUUCCCCUCAGGAUUCCUGUUUUGAAUUUGAUGCCCCUCUUGUAGAUUUGCUCCAUUUCCUCCGAAAGGGCCGCAGUCGGGCGUCCGUACACCGGUGUUUUAGUGCUCCAGUAUUCAGCGUUGAGAGACUUCACCCCGAGCAUGGCUGUGGUGAGCGGAUCGUCUGGGCCGGUUGCCCGGCUCGAGGGCCGUGAAUUCGAAUACAUGAUGAAAAAGCGCUCGGUAACCAUCGGCCGGAACUCGUCUCAGGGCUCCGUGGACGUGAGCAUGGGUCACUCGAGCUUCAUCUCCCGGAGACAUCUGGAGAUAUUCACCGCCAGCGACGACGGCACUGGCAGCGGAGAUUUCUACCUGAGGUGUCUCGGUAAAAACGGGGUGUUUGUAGACGGAGUGUUCCUGAGACGGGGCGCCCCUCCUCUGCAGCUUCCACGAAUGUGCACUUUCAGGUUCCCCAGCACAAACAUUAAGAUCACAUUCACAGCCCUGUCCAGUGGGAAGAAGGUGAAGCGUGAAGCGCCCGAGUCCCCAGUGAAACCAGUCCAGCCCCAGAUCUCCCCCCUGACCAUCAACAUUCCAGACAACAUCGCUCACCUAAUGAGCCCCCUACCAUCGCCUACUGGCACCAUUAGUGCUGCUAACUCCUGCCCCUCCAGUCCUCGGGGUGCAGGCUCUUCAGGCUACAGGAUGGGUGGUCGCAUGGUCAGCUCUGCCGAGCUGCAGCUUAUAAAUGACAACUCCCAGCCUGAGAACGACAAAGAGGCCUCUGGAGGGGACAGUCCCAAGGAUGACUCCAAACCUCCGUACUCCUAUGCACAGCUGAUAGUCCAGGCCAUAACGCUGGCCCCGGACAAGCAGCUCACACUAAAUGGAAUCUACAAUCACAUCACAAAGAACUACCCUUACUACAGGACAGCAGACAAGGGCUGGCAGAACUCGAUCCGUCACAACUUGUCGUUGAACCGUUAUUUCAUCAAAGUGGCGCGGUCGCAGGAAGAACCGGGUAAAGGGUCAUUCUGGAGGAUAGACCCGUCAUCAGAGGGCAAACUCAUCGAUCAGGCCUUCAGGAAACGAAGGCCCCGGGGCGUCCCCUGCUUCAGGACCCCACAUGGACCCCUCUCCUCCAGGAGUGCCCCAGCGUCUCCCAAUCAUUCGGGGGUUCUCUCCGCUCACUCAAGCGGCGUGCAGACCCCUGACAGCCUAUCACGAGAGGGCUCCCCGGUCCCCCUGGAGCUGGAGACCUCCUCUGCUCCCGCCCCGGUGUCCACCACAGCGGUCCAGCCAAAACUGGCAGUGAUCCAGGAAGCACGCUUUGCACAGAACACACCAGGCUCGCCUGUUAGCAACCAGCCGGUACUCAUAGCAGUCCAGCGUCAGUUACCUCAAACCAUUAAGCCAGUGACUUACACCAUGGCCUCCCCAGUGAGCACCAGCACCUCCCAGCCUGCUGUCCAGACUGUCCACGUCCUGCAGCAGAUUCCAGCGGGCUCCCUCAACCCCGCCACCGCCGUCAUCGCCCAGCCAGCCACCAUCAUCAAGAGCGAGCCGCAGGAGAACGGAGAGCACACAGAAGUCAAAGUCAAAGUAGAGACGGUUCCCACCAUCACCUCUAUAGGUGCCUCCAGCCGCAUCAUCCAGAGCUCCCAGUCAGCCCUGCAGACUGUUACCAUAGUGCAGCAGGCCCCCGUGGGUCAACACCAGCUGCCCAUUAAGGCCAUCACACAGAAUGGCACCCACAGCAUAACCACUGCCAUCCAGGGACCUGCCAGCUCAGCUCCAGCUGUGGCGAGCCCCCUCCACCUGCUGGCGGCCCACGCCUCGGCCUCAGCCUCCCUCCCCACCAAGCGGCAGAACGGGGACCGUCUGACCAGCGAACAGUCGGACGCCAAGCGCAUCAAAUCAGAGGACGAGACGGCCGCCGCGGCAGACUCGGACUCGUCGGCAGCUAACGACCAAGGCAGCCACAACUAGUCUGUUGAACCACACAACCCCACCACCACCACCACCUUCAGCUUCUCCUCCCCCCGCCACGGUUUCUCUCUUCUCUUUCUCGUCACCCGUCGUACGUUUCGUUUCUCCUCUUCCUACCACUGACUCCCGAGGUGCCAAACGGAGAAGAUUCUUUUCACUUUCAGUUUAGGUUAUCUGUUCUAGAGCAUCACCAGAAAAAAAAUGUCCACCCCUUUGAAAAGUAAAAAAACAAACAAAAAACAAACAGGAAUGUGGGUUAAGAACAAAAAUAAAGCAAAAGACAAAGGUGUCCCCUGUGAGCCAGUGAAACAGGAGGGACUAAAGAGAGACCACAGGAAGCCUUAACAACAGUUAACACUUAUGAGCUGACUUAUGACCUCACGUGAUCCGACUGAAGACUCAGCUCGGGCUGGACGCCACCUUUCUGUCGCAUCUACCUCAGAGCAGAUUGGAGACUCCGGCAGCCAACAGACGACAUCCUCCCCUCAGCUGUCGGGACGGCUCUGGACGACGUGACCAACCAAGCGACGAGUAUGACGAGCACUCAAUGGUUAGAUUUUUUUUUUAAUAAUAACAAAGACACCGUCAUUCAGAAAGGGAUCAACUCGGAGCCAAUAUUCCUGAAACUCUGGCAGCUAGCCUCUCACAAUACUGACCUUCCUUAAUCGCAGCUGUACGUAGAUAUGCAGUAUUUUGUUGUUCAAAAAUGUGGAGCAUAGGAUUUUUUUUUAACGUAUUUUCACUUAUCUAGACAAGUAAUAAUUUAAUUACAGGAAGCGUACAAAACGGUGAGGUCGGUGACAUUUCGGUAACUAAGUUAGAAAUCUCACUCUUUUUAUGUGAACUUUUUUUCUGUUCAGUGAAAACAGUGUAAUAGUUUUUCCGUAAACUUUUUGUUUCCUUUCCCCCUCGUUCUGACAUAUCCGUAUGAAACUGCUUCGUUAUACCUACAUAUUUUAAUACUUACACAGAUAACCGAUAUAAGCAUACAAAAUCUCCAUGUGUAGUUCCAGAUGUUGACCUUUGCAUGUAUCCGACAACGGAGAAUUUGUUAUCUGUAAAUUGAACUGAGGAAAAAAGACCUGCUUUGUCCAAACCAGGCCUGCACUUGAUUAAAUGUUUGUGUUUUUCAUUUCCCUUCCUCCUCCUUCUUUGUGUUUCUCCUCACACCCUCCUCUUCCUCCUGGUCCCUCCCAGCUGUGUUGACGUUGUGGUGUUGGCAGACCCCUCCAGCCACCUUCCCUUGUUUUGCUAGAUUAUUUUUUCUCUGUUCUGGCGACCCGGCGAGUCUGUUUUUCUGAUUGUACACGUUCCAAACAAUAGUAAAAGGAAAAAAAAUUGAUGUUUGUUCUGCUUCAGUGGAGAAAUGCUUUUUUUUUAAAGAAUAAAUUAAUUUAAAGUCC